AUGAUUACAUUCAUGGAGUCAAAGGAGAAACCGAAGGAGGUGGAGAGGUGUUUGGAUCCUCAGCUAUGGCAUGCGUGUGCAGGUGGUAUGGUACAGAUGCCAGCAGUGAACACCAGGGUCUAUUACUUCCCUCAGGGCCAUGCUGAACAUGCAUGUGGACCGGUUAUCUUUAGGACCUGUCCUAAGGUUCCGUCUUUGGUUCCAUGCAGAGUGGCUACCAUCAAAUACAUGGCUGAUCCUGAGACUGAUGAGGUCUAUGCCAAACUCAGGCUUGUUCCUUUGGGCCUCAAUGAUGCUGAUUAUAGCCGUGAUGUUGCUGGACCUGAAACUCAGGACAAGCCUGCCUCAUUUGCAAAAACCUUGACCCAAUCUGAUGCCAACAAUGGUGGAGGGUUUUCUGUUCCAAGGUACUGUGCUGAGACAAUUUUCCCUAGAUUGGAUUACUCGGCUGAUCCUCCUGUUCAGAACAUCCUUGCAAAGGAUGUUCAUGGGGAAACAUGGAAAUUCAGACACAUCUACAGGGGCACGCCGAGGCGGCAUCUGUUGACCACUGGAUGGAGUACCUUUGUGAACCAGAAGAAGCUUGUUGCAGGAGACUCAAUUGUGUUUUUGAGGGCAGAAAACGGGGAUCUGUGUGUUGGGAUUCGGCGGGCGAAGAAGGGGAUUGGUGGCGGACCUGAGGCUUCCUCGGGGUGGAACCCUGCUGGAGGAAAUUGUCAUAUGCCCUAUGGAGGAUUUUCACCUUUUCUGAGGGAGGAUGACAACAGAAUCCUUAGAAAUGGUAAUAGCAAUGGGUUGAACCCAAGUGUGAGCAUGAUGGGCAGGGGCAAAGUGAGACCAGAAGCUGUUGUUGAAGCUGCAAAUCUAGCGGCCAAUAAGCAUCCGUUUGAGGUUGUUUACUACCCUCGAGCAAGUACUCCGGAAUUUUGUGUGAAGGCCCCACUAGUUGAAGCAGCACUGCAGACUAGGUGGUCUUCUGGAAUACGGUUCAAGAUGGCCUUUGAAACUGAAGACUCCUCACGGAUAAGUUGGUUCAUGGGAACCAUAUCUUCGGUUCAGGUUGCCGAUCCCCUUAACUGGCCUAACUCACCUUGGAGGCUUCUCCAGGUGACAUGGGAUGAACCAGAUUUACUUCAAAACGUGAGAAGGGUGAGCCCUUGGCUGGUUGAAAUGGUGUCAACCAUGCCUGCCAUUCAUCUAGCUCCUUUCUCACCACCACGGAAGAAAAUGAGAUUGCCUCAACACCCAGAAUUUCCCCUUGAUGGCCAGAUUCCUUUGCCAACAUUUUCCGGCAACCUUCUAGGUCCCAGCAACACCAACCAGUUUGGUUGUCUACCCGAAAGUACUCCUGCUGGCAUGCAGGGAGCCAGGCAUGCUCACUAUGGUCUAUCCUUAUCGGAUCUCCACUUCAGCAAACUGCAUUCAGGUCUAUUUCAGGCUGCCUUGCCGCCUCAUGAUCACGCUGCUAAGCCGAUGAGAAUAUCGAAUAACCUACCGUUGCAAAAGCCCAGCAAUAGUGAGAAUGUCUCUUGCUUACUAUCUAUAGCAAAUUCUGCUCAAUCUUCGAAGAAAAUGGAUGAUGGGAAGACACCACAUCUCGUGCUUUUUGGCCAAAAAAUUCUCACGGAGGAGCAGAUCUCUCUGAGCAGCUCUGGUGAUACAUUCUCCCCAGUUCUUACCAGAAAUGGUUCGUCCGAUGGACAUGCCGAUAAAGUGACUAAUUUUUCUGAUGGUUCUGGAUCAGCUCUUCAUCAGCAGCAAGGCCCACAUGAACGUUCCUCUUGCGAGCGGUUCCAGUGGUAUAGGGAUAACCCCCAAGAAACUGAGGCCAGUCUGGAGACUGGUCAUUGUAAAGUUUUUAUGGAGUCAGAAGACGUAGGCAGGACUAUGGACCUCUCAUUGCUUGGGUCUUAUGAUGAACUCUACAGAAGGCUGACAGACAUGUUUGGCAUAGAAAAAUCUGAGAUGUUAAGUCAGGUGCUCUAUCGCGAUAAAAAUGGAGCUGUCAAACACAUUGGUGAUGAAGCAUUCAGUGACUUCAUAAAAUCAGCCAGGAGGUUGACUAUUCUAAUGGAUUCUGGCAGCAACAAUGUAGGAGUGUAG